AUGGGAGCACAGGGCGCCACUGAGAGCUCGGGCAGUAUCAGCGUCCACAGAUAUGUGCAAGAGAAACAAAAGCGGCAGCCCAGUACCGGCCCAGCUCAGAGAGCCCAGUACAGCCCAGCUCAGGGAACCCAGAACAGCUCAGGGAACCCAGUACAGCCCGGCCCAGCUCAGGGAACCCAGUACAGCCCAGCUCAGGGAACCCACAGCCCAGCUCAGGGAACCCAGAACAGCUCAGCUCAGGGAACCCAGUACAGCUCAGCCCAGCUCAGAUCAGGGAACCCAAUACAGCCGAGCUCAGGGAACCCAGAACAGCCCAACCCAGGGAACCCACAGUCCAACCCAGCUCAGGGAACUCAGUUCAGCCCAGCCCAGCUCAGCUCAGAGAAUCCAGAACAGCCCAGCCCAGCUCAGGGAACCCAGCCCAACUCAGCUCAGGGAACCCAGUUCAGCCCAACCCAGCUCUGGCAAACAAGUACAGCCCAGCCCAGCCCAGCUCAGGGAACCCAGUACAGCUCAGCUCAGGGAACUCAGUUCAGCCCAGAUCAGGGAAUCCACAGCCCAACCCAGCUCAGGUAA